UUUUUUUCGGAGAAAACGAAACUUAGUAUGCCUGAGCCAGCGAAGUCCGCUCCGGCCCCGAAAAAGGGCUCCAAGAAGGCGGUGACCAAGGCGCAGAAGAAGGACGGCAAGAAGCGCAAGCGCAGCCGCAAGGAGAGCUACUCGGUCUACGUGUACAAGGUGCUGAAGCAGGUCCACCCCGACACCGGCAUCUCGUCCAAGGCCAUGGGCAUCAUGAACUCGUUCGUCAACGACAUCUUCGAGCGCAUCGCGGGCGAGGCGUCGCGCCUGGCGCAUUACAACAAGCGCUCGACCAUCACCUCCAGGGAGAUCCAGACGGCCGUGCGCCUGCUGCUGCCCGGGGAGCUGGCCAAGCACGCCGUGUCGGAGGGCACCAAGGCCGUCACCAAGUACACCAGCUCCAAGUAAACUUGCCAAGUAGGCGUCUUUGCAUCUAACCCCAAAGGCUCUUUUAAGAGCCACUCAAGUUUUCACAAUGAGAGCUGCACACUAGCUUAUACUGUCUUCUAUUAGCGUUACUAGUAACGCUUGAGAAAGCCACUGCACAUGCUUGUUAAAGUCGUUAUGUCCAAGGGUUCCCAGCAGCAUAUGCUAACGUGGACUGAAAACAGCUAGUGCUGACCUCCCAAGCCCGUGGAGCUCCUGGUCACCUUUUUAAAAUUUGCUCAGCUCAAGUACUGGGUUGGCUGGUGGCGGCGCUUCAUGAAGCCUCCAAAACGGCUGUGAAAUCUGUGGUGUCCGUUUUAUAUAAAGCGUCACUCUCUAGCGUCUGAGUGGCUACGGUAACAUUUGAAAAUUCCACUCUCUUAAAGUGGAACUUCAUCUUUGUGUGACGCCCCCGGUUCUUUUGUUAGUGUCUAAUUCUCUCCUAUCAACUCUCCCUUUUUCCAGCCCUUUGCCUAGGGCCUUUAGAGACCUGGUUAAGCAUUUUAUGUGAGGCUUUGUUUUGUUUUACAAAUGUAUUAUGUUGGGUGGCUGAGGAUCUCCAGAAAGGGAACAGUAAUUACCAAUUUUUAAUUUUGCUUUAUCUCUUUAUUUCCUAGACUUUAAAAAAGCGCUCAUCAUUACUUUUUUUUUUUUUCCCAUGGAGAAUACAGUCCUCUCCCUGCUCUCCUCCUGACUGGGUUUCACAAACAAGACCUGCAAAAACAAUUCUGAAUACUCACCCGCCUCAGUCUCACUAGUGUGGCCACGUAAUAUAAAAAUUGGCUCGGCAA